AAGAACAAAAUAAACCCACAGAUGGGCCCCACUCUCCAAUUGCUCCCAAAGCUGCCGAAAGAGAGAAUAUUUCACUCUCCAUUUUUAUUAAUUUUUACCUUCUCUUUAUUUAUUAAAAUCAAUAAUCAUUCUACUAAUAAAUGCCCAGAAUUUCUCAUAAUCCCUUCCUUUGUCUUGGGAACUGCGCUUAAUUUUCCGUUAUAAACACUUGAUUAUACCCCUCCUAAUUUACUAAUUAUGUUGUUGUUGAUAAUGGCCAGUUUCAAUAAAGUAGACAACAAAGAAGAAUGUUUGUUCCUCUUCCUCGAGUCGUCACAUGAGCUUAGCUGAAAGAGCUUCAUUUUUCUUCACUUCCUCUGCUCCUGCUUCUGCAUUUUCUCCAGGUCCUCUCUUUCUCUCUCCUCCAUUUUUGAACAAACCCCACUUCGUUUUUACCAGUAAUAUGAAAUGGGUUUCCAUUUUUAGGCUUAAAGACCUUAUCUUUACCUUAAGUUGAAGAUAAGUUGGUUGUUAGUUUUGCUGGGUUUCCAUUUUUAGUUUCAAAGACCUUAUCUUUACCUUAAGUUGAAGAUAAAUGGUUUGUUAGAUUUUUUUUUUUCAAUUUUUUGGACCCAUUUUAAGCUUCCAAUUUUGUUCCUAUUAAUGGAAGCUAAAAAGGGUUUUAAUUGCAGUUUUUACCAUUUUAGUGGAAAUUACUUGCCAUUUUUGUUGUCUAUGUUGUUGAUAUUGGGAAACCCUAGUGUAGUUUCAGCUGUUAAUGUGCACCCACAAGAUAGAGCUUCACUUAUUGAGUUCAAAUCAAAGAUUAUUGAACCAGACCCGGGUUUGGGUUCAUGGGUUGGGUUCAAUUGCUCCAAUUGGACCGGUAUAACCUGUGAGAACCGGACGGGCCGGGUUGUUUCAAUGAACUUAAGCUAUAUGAACUUGUCUGGUACUAUUAGUCCUAGUUUAUGCAACCUUUUUUCUUUACAAACCCUUGUUUUAUCUAAUAAUAACUUCAAUUCUGUGAUUCCACCUUGUUUGGGAAGUGUAUUGGGUUUAAGGGUACUUGAUUUCAGUCACAACAGUAUUGGAGGGUUAGUUCCUGAUACAUUGAGGAGGUUGAAGCAUUUGAGGGAGCUUACUUUGAAUGGUAAUAACUAUUUGGGAGGGAAAUUGUCAUUACCAAUGUGGGUUGGUAACUUUUCGAGGUUUCUCGAAAGACUCGAUUUGGGUUCGAACUCAUUCGGAGGGGAGAUACCGGAGAGUCUUUUCCGGUUGGAGUCUCUGAAAUACUUGGACAUUUCAGAUAACAGUUUGUCAGGAAAACUUGAUGGAUUUCAUCAGUCUUUAGAAGUUUUGAAUCUGGCUUCAAACCAUAUUUCGGGUACUUUACCUUGUUUUAAUGCUUGUGUUCAAUCACUUAGCAUCUUGAACUUGGCAAACAACUCUUUUGUUGGAAGGAUUCCUUCUUGUAUAUCCUCACUUCGGGCUUUGAAGCAGCUCAAUCUGUCCAACAACGGGCUGCAAUACGGGCUUUCGCCAAUGCUGGUGUUCUCAGAUAAGCUUCUUGCUUUAGAUUUGAGUUACAACCAGUUAUCAGGUCCUCUUCCUAGCAAAAUUGCUGAAACAACGGACAAAUCCGGGCUUCUUGUUCUUGACCUGUCACACAACCAGUUUUCAGGUGAUAUUCCUCUGAAAAUCACAGAGUUGAAAAGCUUACAAGCAUUGCUUCUCUCUCACAAUUCUCUCAUUGGUCAGAUUCCCGGGAGUAUCGGAAAUCUGACGUAUCUUCAAGUCAUCGAUCUCUCCUACAACGCUUUAUCAGGUUCAAUUCCUUUGAACAUUGUUGGGUGUUUUCAGCUUCUUGCAUUGAUAAUCAGCAACAACGGUCUUUCUGGUGAAAUACAACCAGAACUCGAUGCACUAAACAGUUUAAAGAUACUCGAUAUCAGCAACAACGAAAUCUCUGGUCAAAUACCUCAAACCCUAGCCGGUUGCAGAUCAUUAGAAGUUGUUGAUUUCAGCUCAAAUAGUCUUUCUGGACCUCUAAAUGAUGCAAUGAACAAAUGGUUGAAUCUCAAGUUUUUGUCCCUUGCUCAAAACAAGUUUGAAGGUCCUCUUCCUAGUUGGCUCUUCACAUUCCCGUUCAUCAAAACAAUCGAUCUUUCAGGAAACAAAUUCUCCGGCUUUAUCCCUGAUGGUACCUUCAAUGUCAGUAAGAGUUUCAACAAUGCAGCAGCUAUCACUGGUACGAACAACAUCGAGGCAAAUUUAGCAUCAGUUAAAAGUAAAACAAUCCAAAUUUCCGUCAUGGUAAUGGAUCGAAACGAGUUGAGUUUUGCUUAUGGUCUGCUUUCACCAGUAGGAAUCGACUUAUCAGAUAAUCAGUUGAAUGGAGAAAUUCCUGACAAUCUGUUCACUUUACAUGCUUUGGAUUACCUUAAUCUGUCCUAUAAUCUCCUAGAAGGUCAGAUUCCUGUUGAUUUGGAGAAGAUGUGGAAUUUAAGGGCACUUGAUUUGUCCCACAAUUAUCUUUCUGGUCCUCUUUUAGCCAACAUCUCAACCCUUCAAGACCUAAUUACUCUGAACUUUUCAUACAAUUCACUGUCUGGAUUUGUGUCAAGAAAACAGGGUUACUGGAGAUUUCCAGAAGCAUUUACUGGGAAUCCAGCAUUAUGUAUUGAGGUUUCUGCAGGAAAAUGUCAACCGCCGAGAAUUCCUGCAAUUCCUGGAAACAAGUUUAGGGAUGAUUUGGAAGAAGGGCCAAUAUCAGUGUGGAUUUUCUGUGUAACUGGUGCUGUAACUUUUUACGCGACUUUGAUUGCUCUCUUCUGUUGGCCUCGUUCGAGAAACUACAUUCUUAGGUCGAAAAUUUAGGUGGGUUUGUAUAGAGAUCAGAAGUUUUUGUAUAUCUGUUUGAUUUCUUAUGACUUGAUUUGCCCUCCAUGGGGGAAAGAAAAAAGUCAUGUUUUCAUUUAGCUUUAAGCUAACACUAACUUAGCUUGGAUUAUCACCUCUAAAUGUUUCUUGUGUAUAUUGGACAAUAUUGGAAAAUUCAAUGUUUGA